AUUUCAUAAUGAAAGUAUUUAAUUUUAAAAUUAAAAAAAAAUAUUUCCAUAUCUUGAAAUAAUUACGAAACCAAAGAAUGGCAAAUGAAAGUAUAGAUUAUUAUAUUACUGCAUUACAAACACAAGACACACACAAAAGACUUAAAGUUGCAGAGAAUUUGACAAAAUAUUUGCAAUCUUCAGCAUUUAAUCAACUUGAUUCUGGACAACUUAUCGAUGGAUUAAUGUCAUGGAUACUGAGUAGCAAUUUUAAGGUGUCAAGUCAAGGAUUAGAGAUAUUAGGUUUAUUGGCAUAUCAAAUGGGACCUUCUUUUAAAACACAUAUUAAUUCUACUCUAGCAACAGUUGUCGACAGACUUGGGGAUUCAAAACAAUUGGUACGAGAUCAAGCUUUGGAUGUUCUUUUUAAAUAUAUGGAUCCUGUAUCUAAACCACAGGCUAUUUUUGAUCUUCUAGUGCCAUUUUUUAAUCAUAAAAAUUGGAGAGUCAGGGAAGUUUUAAUGAUUUGUUUAACACAAGCUAUUAAUAGGUUUGGUGCAUCAUCAAUGCAAAUCAGUAAAUUUACACCAUGUCUUGUAAAAUUGUUAAGUGAUCCUACUGGUCAGGUUCGUGACACUGCAAUAAGUACUUUAGUUGAGAUUUAUAGACAUGUUGGAGAUCGUUUGAGAGCAGAUCUUUUGAAAUAUAACAUGCAGGAAUCAAAAUUAACUAGUCUAUUUGGUAAGUUUGAUCAAUUAAGUAAAUCUGGAGACUUUGUUGACCACGGUUGCAAUGAGCCAAGUAAUGAACAAAACUCUCCACCUCAAAAAAAAAAGCCUUUAAAGGGUUCAGUCAAUAGAAGUACCAGUUUUAGUCCUGGAGACAAGAAGAAACCAAGUGUUGAAAAGAUGAAUGCUGUAUCAUCAGGUGCUGUAGAUGAAACUGAUUUUGUAACAGCUUGGGAAGAAGUUCCGGAACCAAAGAUAUUUUCAAUAAAAGAAUUUCCUAAUGAGCUUGACAGAAUAAAUUCAGUUCUGUCUGAUCCAAAUAAUGAUUGGGAAAAGAGAGUUGAUGCACUUCGUGCACUGCGCUCAUUAGUGAAAAUUUCGAAUCAAGUUGAUCAAUUUACGAAGAUCAUUAAAGAUCUUGAGAAUGCUCUUCGAGUUUCGGUGAAAGAUCUUCGCUCAAGUGUUGUUCGAGAAGCUUGUGUCACUCUAAGUUAUAUGUCGUUUAUCAUGGAGAGCAAAUUCGAUUAUCUUGCUGAAUGCCUGCUUCCAUCAUUGAUUGUUUUAAUUCCAAAUACAGUAAAGAUAAUGUCAACUUCAGCACAUGCAGCAAUGAGAUUGAUAAUUAAACAUACACCAAGUCCUCGACUAAUUCCAUUAAUAGUCUCUAAUUUGUUGACAGCAAAAUCAAAAGACAUUCGAAGGAGGUGCGCUGAAUAUGUUGGACUUUUACUAGAAAUUUGGGAUACAUCUGUAAUAAAAAAUCAUACUGCUUUACUGGAAGAAGCAAUCAAAAAAGGAAUAGCUGAUGCUGAUUCCGAAACUAGAGCGGCAGUACGAAGAGUAUAUUGGCAUUUUGCAGAUCACUAUCGUGACAAAGCUGAUGCCAUGAUGCAGCAGUUUGAUUCAUCAAAACAAAAACUUCUUUUAAGCGACAAAAAUCUUAUUAGCACAGGAUCAAGUGGUGGAAACGAUGUAUUAAAACAAAACAAACCAGUUCGAUUAAUAAGUUCUUCAGAAACAUUAAAUAAAAUUAAAAGUCAACCAACUAAAAAUUCAGCAUCAGUUACAACAGUUAACUACACAAACAAAACAAAUAAGCAAACCCAGGACACAGUCAUGGGUCCACCAAUGUCUAUGCCUCCAAUGCAAAGAUCAGCAAGUCAAAUGGAAUAUAACUCUCGCACUCCUAAAAUGACUUCAAGACAAAAGUCUUAUGACGACUUAAAACGCACAAAUGCAAAAGCUGUAAGACAAGAAGGGAGGUCAAGAUAUGCUGCACCUAAAAACACAUCGCAACCUUCAAGUCGCAAUAGUUCACCAAAGCGUGCACCUUCAUUUACAAGAGAGCGAUCAGAGGAUUACAUGAAUGUUUUUAGUCCACAAAAAAGUCGAAUACCAACUCCUAGCAAGCCUAAAUCCAAAUCAACAUCUCAUCAUUCAAGCCGUGAUACAAGCCCAUCCAGAAUUUCUGGUGAUUUAAAAAAUGGAAAUAAAUCAGCAGAUGAUGUCAAUGAAGAGUUAUUGUGGGAUGCACUGAAAAAAGGAGGAAGGAGAGAACGUCAAAAUUCUCAAUCUUCUCUGAAUGGAGGUGGAAGUGACGAGAGUGAUGCAUCAAGUAUGUCUUCACUUGUAAAUCGACCUGUUGUUACACAGGACUAUGAUGAAAUUAUAAAUCUUAUGCAACAAGAUUCAAGUAAUUCAAAAAGAGAUGGCUUAGCUUCGUUGCAAUAUUUCUUAUAUGGAACCAAUUCAAUGACAACAGAACAAGUGAUUCGUUUAAAAGAAACAUUAAAUAGAUAUUUUGCAGAACCCAAUUCUAAAAUUUACAGUACUUUUUUAAGCGUGUUAAGCGAGUUUGUUGUACAAUAUAAAAGAGAUCUUAAAGAUUGGUUAUUUAUUUUACUUACUCGUCUUUUGCAACGUAUAUCAACAGAUAUACUUUCAUCGUCACAAAAAAAAAUAGCAAGGGUUCUUGAUGUUGUCAGAGAUUCUUAUCCAUAUGACCAGCAAUUUCAUAUUAUUACAAGAUAUAUCACCGAUAACACUCAAACUCCAACAUUAAAACUUAAGGUAUCUUUACUUGAAUACCUACGUGGUUUAAUUCAUAAUAUGGAUCCCAGUGAUUUUGUGAACACUGCUCCUAUUCGACUGGCAGUGUCUAGAAUAGUUACUUGGAUUUCAGAACCAAAGAGCUCAGAUGUUAGAAAGGAGGCUACUUUGGUAAUCAUAGCUUUGUUUCAAUUAAAUUCUCCGGAAUUCAGUAGUAUGCUUUCUGGUGUACCUAAUUCAAUUCAUGAGGGGGCUACACGUGUUAUAAAGAUGCACUUAAGACAGGCAAGUGGUUUUAACUCUCGAGAUGUGAUCACUCCAAGUGAUGAAGCAUACACACCAAUCAAAACUAGUUCUAGUGACUCGUCUGUUUUUCGACCAUCUUCCUCUUUGAAAUCUCCUAAAUCUCAAGAUUACUCUUCUGGAAUAUUAAAUAGAAAUCUUAAAGAAAACAACAGUGAUAAUGAACCCCCAGGUAAAACAAUGCCAGCAUGCAAACUCACAUAUGAUGAGAUUGAUUCUCCUAUAACUCAAUUAAAUUCAAGUAACCCUCCUCAAUCGCAGCUGUAUAGUUAUGGUACACAUUAUACAACAACAGAACAUUCGUCACCAGUUUGGUUGUCUAAGGACAUGACAAUCCAGUACAACCCAAAACAGUAUGAAGACAGUAUGUUAGACUAUAGGUAUCAAAAUAAUUCUAUUUCUCCCGAAAUGAAUAAAAUGAACAAAAUUAUUGGAGGUGUGGAACAAAUGCAUCUUUCAGGAGAAAAAAACGAUUCUGGAUCAGCAAAUCUUGUAAAUGAAAUAUUUACAAUUUUGUCUGCUCCCCCAAAUGUAACUAAUUCAGAAGAUAUUAAAAAUGCUAUGCAAGAACUUCACAAGUUGUUAAAAGAAUCCAACAAAAAUCUCACUACUACAAAACUUAAAGCUUUACUUCCAAUUAUAUUAGAGAUGUUACAGCAUCAGGAGGCAGCAAUUCGUUGUUUAGCUGCACGCUCUCUAAAAGAAAUAGCUUUAAACUAUCCUGCUUUAUAUAGAAGUGACUUAAAAGGAUUUUUAUUACCUCUUCUUGAAUCUGAAGCUGACGUUCAAAGAGAGGUAUCAAAGACAGUUGUUGAAUGUAGCUCAAUUGUUUGUCAAAUUAUUCCUCUGUCAGAGAUCAUCUCUGUUGUUGCUCCUCUAUGUGGAAAAGCUUUAUUCCCUGCAAAUCUUUCAGCUAUUAAACUUCUAAAUUCAAUAUCAGAUACUUGUGACAGUGAAGAGCUGAGAAAACAUUUAGAUGUGGUUAUUACAAAUCUUCUGGUGGCUUAUGAUCAUAUAGAAAGCAGUGUACGAAAAGCUGCAGUUUUUUGUCUUGUGUCUGUUCACAAUCAAGCUGGUGCUAAUGUUGUUUUACCAUAUUUUAAAGACUUGGCAGGUUCCAAGAUGAAGUUGUUGAAUUUGUACAUUAGACGCUCUCAAUCUUCUAACGUUUAGCUUUUAAACACAACGCAAAGUUAAAAAAAGUUUGAUCGAAUACCAAUAUGACCAGAACAUUCUAAAACAAUACUUUGCUUUUCUUUUUGCCCAUGAAUAUUUAAAUAUUAAAGAAGACUUUAAUGAAUUAGUGGGUUCGUUGAAA